AUGUUUCCCACGCUCGCACUCCGAAACUUCGCCUGCCGCAUCACGCUGUUCACGCGGUCAAACUGCAAACUGUGCUCAGAUGCCAAAGAGGUCUUGUCCAAUGUCUGGGACAAGCGACCUUUCGAGUAUGACGAGAUCAACGUGAUGGAACAUUCUGAUCAAAAAUGGAAGAAUAUGUACGAGUUUGAUACGCCAGUGGUUCACGUAGACAAAGCGAAAGAGGGCAACCAGUUCAGCACUACAGGCGAGGCAAGAAAACUCAUGCACAGAUUCAAGGAGCAUGAGGUGGAGAAGUUGAUGGAUGAAGCCAUGUUGGAUGAGCCUUCUUUAUCUUCCUCCGCCUAA